AGCCGAGCGCCGGCCUCUCCAGUCGUCAACAGACGGUGGCCUGCGACUCAACCAAGGGUGAACACCCGCCGACAUGAAUCAGCAGGAAGACGACGUCUUCUGGAUCGCAGAGUCCGAGAAGGAGAGGCUGCUGGAGCAAGAGUACAAACUUGGUGAUAUUAUUGGAAGGGGUGCAUCAUCCACAGUGUACAGAUGUCUGCACAAAGGGAGGACAGAAUGGGCGUGUAAGGUGUUCAGAAAGUCGGGACUGAACCGGCGCGCGGCGCAAGCCGAGAUCGGCGUGCUGUUCAAGCUGCGUCACCCCAACAUAAUCGGCUUGCGGGAGGUGUUCGAGACGAUCACCGAGAUCCAACUGGUGCUCGAGCUGGUCACUGGCGGCGAGCUGUUCGAGCGGAUCGUUGAGCGCGGCCACUACAGCGAACUGGACGCGGCCAGCGCCCUCAGGCAGAUCCUCGACGCCCUCCAGUACCUGCACGCUAAUGGAGUUGUCCAUCGGGACAUCAAGCCGGAAAAUCUUCUGUACGAGACGGACGAUGAUGACUCCAAAAUCAAACUUGCGGACUUCGGCCUCUGCAAAAUGCUGCAGUCGCCAUCUAAUCCGGGAAUGAACACGCUCUGCGGCACAGUGGGAUACUGCGCGCCAGAAGUGCUUUUGCAAAAGAGCUACGACUGCUCGGUGGACUUGUGGAGUUUAGGCGUUGUGGCGUACAUUAUGUUGUGCGGCUACGAACCGUUCUGGGACGAGGCCGGCGAACUGGCUGUUUGUCGCCGAGUGGUCGAGGGCACUUUUGAAUUCAGCUCUCCCUGGUGGGACGACAUUUCGGACAGUGCAAAAGACCUCAUAACUCAACUCCUCCAAGUGGACCCUACGAAGCGGCCAACAGCGGCCACGGCGGCAAAACACCCUUGGAUAAGAGGUGUAACCCCUCUCGACUUCCACAUGACACGCACCAUCAAGAAAUUACGGGAAUUCAACGCGAGAAGGAAAUUCAGAGCGGCCACGCACGCGGUUUUAGCGACGAAGAGAGCCCUCUUCUUGGUUUCGCCCGCGGCGCGGAAGGAAUUGAAGGAAUUGAAGGGGGACGGUUCUGUUUGCGCUGAGGCAGCUUCUUCCAAGUCCACUUAGUUUUAAGGGCGCUCUAAAUUUAAUCGGAUGAACGGAUUUCCUGCGCUUUAGCACUCUUCCAGGAGGAGAAAAUGUGUGAUUCGUUGAGUCAACAAAAAUAUAUAUUGUUCUUUUUCAUGAUGCUCUACGUUGUAAGUAAAAAUCUGAAGUGUUCCUCUUAUUUUUAUGAAAGGAAAGAGAAACGAACGUGUAAACCUAACAAUGAGAACUAUACUACUUUUUUGCGCACGUUAAGAGUAGGAAUCUUGUGUACCUAAAUUUCUGACUCUACAAAAAGAGUUGUGCACCUUGUGUAUUAAAACUUGCCUUCCUUUGAAUGUUCA